AUGGUGAUUAUUCAAGUGCAAGCAGACCAAUUAUUGGCAAAAUUUCAGAGUCUACAUCAUCUAUUCUUUGUUGUGCGCAAACUGUUGAAGGAUGUUGUAACUUCUCAGCAAUCACCCGUUGACAUUAAGGAGGCUUCACAACCUGUAAAAUCUCUUUCUGAGGGGGGCUUUUUGCGGCAACCUAAUUCUAAUUAUGUGCCAGUUAGGCAGCCUGAGAGUUCGGCAAAUAUCGUGGACUUCAAUUCUUGGGAGAAGUUUAGUUACUUGCUAUCGGCAAUUACAUUGCCUUUCCUCUUGAAAUGCCUAAAGGAUGGGAUGGAUCUCGCAAAUAGCAAACAUUGCCAGAUGACAAGCGUCCACUUGCUGGAAUUACUACCUGUGGUUUAUGAGAGGCUUGCAGUAUAUGCAUCCAAGCAAUCAGGGAAUGCGGACACCAUGUUGGUUGAUAUCCUUGACUUAAAAUGGCUUUCAGAUUUGGUGGAUUGGGGCAGAUCUUCUCUUAUCGUCAUUACCAGACACUGGAAACAGUGCAUGUUUGCUUUGCUAGAAACUCUAAAAGGUUCUCCGAUCGGCACGGUUCCACAUAGUAUCGACUCCAUUAAAGCAAUUAUAUCAAAUGGUUGUGGUUUUCUUCUUUCUUGA